UCGCAGCCCCCGGCAGCAGCCUCGGCAGCUUCGGCCGCGCCUCGAGAGGCGGCUGCAGCGGCUCCAGCGGCGGCCGAGCGGCCGAGCCCGGGCUGGGAAACACGAUGCGCCGCGUCCUCCGGCUGCUCCUCGGCUGCUUCCUCACCGAGCUGUGCGCCCGCGUGUGCCGGGCGCAGGAGCGAGCGGGGCACGGGCAGCUGGCGCAGCUGGGCGGCGUGGUGGUGCUGGCGGGGGGCAACCGCUCGGGGGCCGCCUCCGGAGAGGUCGGCGAGGGCGUGGGGGUCUCGGACGCACCCCCGACCCGGGCGCCCACGCCGGACUUCUGCCGGGGCUACUUCGAUGUCAUGGGCCAGUGGGACCCGCCGUUCAACUGCAGCUCGGGCGACUUCAUCUUCUGCUGCGGGACUUGUGGCUUCCGGUUCUGCUGCACGUUUAAGAAGCGGCGACUGAACCAGAGCACCUGCACCAACUACGACACUCCACUCUGGCUCAACACCGGCAAGCCCCCAGCGCGCAAGGACGACCCCCUGCACGACCCCACCAAGGACAAGACCAACCUGAUCGUUUACAUCAUCUGCGGGGUGGUGGCCGUCAUGGUGCUCGUGGGCAUCUUCACCAAGCUGGGGCUGGAGAAAGCGCACCGGCCCCAAAGGGAGCACAUGUCCAGGGCCCUUGCAGAUGUCAUGAGGCCACAGGGCCACUGCAACACUGACCACAUGGAGAGAGAUCUCAACAUCGUGGUCCAUGUCCAGCAUUAUGAGAACAUGGAUACCAGAACCCCCAUAAAUAAUCUUCACGCCACCCAGAUGAACAACGCAGUGCCCACCUCCCCUUUGCUCCAGCAGAUGGGCCAUCCACAUUCCUACCCCAGCCUGGGCCAGAUCUCCAACCCCUACGAACAGCAGCCGCCUGGCAAAGAGCUCAACAAGUACGCCUCCUUGAAGGCUGUCGGAAGUUCUGAGGGUGACUGGACAGUGGCGACACUUAAGUCACCGAAAGCCGACAAGGUAAAUGAUGACUUCUACUCCAAACGACGGCACCUGGCCGAGCUGGCCGCCAAGGGGAACUUGCCUCUGCAUCCUGUAAGAGUGGAGGAUGAGCCGCGGGCCUUCAGUCCUGAGCACGGCCCCGCCAAGCAGAACGGACAGAAGUCCCGCACCAACAAGACGCCCUCCCACCCCCUGGCCUACAACUCCACCGCCAACUUUAAGAGCUGGGACCCCAAGGACCAGUCUCUUCGGCGGCAGCAAGCUUACGGGAACAAGGGCAAGCUGGGCACGGCCGAGUCGGGCUCCAGCGACCCCUUGGGAACUCGCACCCAGCACUACCCACCCCCGCAGCCAUACUUCAUCACCAACAGCAAAACGGAAGUGACUGUCUGAGCUGUCGCUACAGGGGACAUCCUGGAAACCACACUCAACUGAGAGAGGCAAAAAAUACCCCAGCACACACCCUCCCUGUCCCCCACCUGCACACCCACCCACACGUUCACCCUCCACACCGACCGACGACAAACCUACUGGUGACAUGGAAUCACGCUUUUCCUGCGUCAUGCCUAACAUGUGUCGGCGGGCAGCUGAGCAAGACCGGAACGUGGACGGUCAGCAAUACAGCCAAGGGGAAACUGAGGCACCCUCUUUCGACUUAAGGGUCGAGGUGGCCAACUCACAUGCCUAAACCAUGGGGCUGAUUUUUCUUUUCCUCCUAACUUGAAACUGAAAUCCAUGAUGAAAAAAAAGAAGUAGCACAAUUUAGAGAAAUUGUCCAUUUGAGCACAUAUACCAUUGACCAUGCAUUGUCUGUUUCUGGAUGAAAGAGCCAGAAAGGAUGGAAGGGGGGGUAGAGAAGAGGGGUCGCUGGUGCACUUGAUAAGCAUUUUCUAAUCCCAGGAAGUAGUGAUGUGGACAUAAAAUUGUGUUGAGCGUGAGACAGUAACUGG